CAAAAUAAUAACAAUUUAAGGGAACUGUAAAAGUAGAAUAUCAAUUUAAAUAUUAAUUUUUAAAGAAAUCGACUAAAAUGGGAGAAAAAGAUAAGUUUCUGGUCGUCAUUUCAGUUUUAGAAGGAAGGAGACUACCACGAAGAUCAAAGCAUAAAUUGAUAGCAGAAGCAAAGUUUGAUGGAGAACUUUUGGCAACUGAUCCUGUUGAUCAUGUGGAAAACCCAGAUAUUACACAAGAACUGGCUUGGGAAUUGGAUAAAAAGUCUCUUCAACAACACAGAUUACAGAGGGCAUCAAUUAAAAUCCAAUGUUAUGCUUAUGAUGCACAUACUACAAUGAAAGAACUUAUUGGAUAUGUUGUAUUAGAUCUCAGAUCAGCAACUUCAAAUAAACAGUGUGCCAAGUGGUAUCCAUUAUUACAUAGUAAAUAUCAUAAAUCUAAACCUGAAAUCAAAUUAGCAUUGUAUUUAGAUGAUGAUCAUGGUACUAAUACUGAAACUGUGCCUGUUGUUAAAGCUCCAUCAGAAGAAAACCUGACAGCGUUAGAAAGCACUAAUCUUAAAACAUUAGUUCCUGUCUUGAAUGAAGAAGAGGGAUUUUAUCAAAUUGGUCCAGCAAAGAAAUGUAAUGAAAUGUUUGUGUUAUCUGUGACCAUAGCUUAUGCAUCAAAUUUGGCUCAGCUUAUCCCCUCCAACCAGCCAUUGUCAGCAUCAUCAUACUUCUUCUACUAUUCUCUAUUGGGUAAUGAUGUUACUAAUGAAGCCUUCACUGAUCUCAUCAAUACUAAUUUUCCUGCUGAAAGAGCGUCUGUGAAAUUAAGAUCCAGUGUUGAUGCUUUGAGAAUAUUUUUCUUUAAUCAACCAGGCAUUCAGUUUCAUUUAUGUUGUGGAGACCAAUCAUUAGGAAGUAGUGAAGUUUCAUUAAAAACGUUGCUGAAGAAGGACAGUAAUGAAAUAUACAUGAGACCAGUAACUAUUGAAGGAGCACAUCAGUUAGUGCCACCAAAUCGUACAAAACUGCAGAUGGGAAGUAUACCAGAUGGUUUACAGCCAUCAGUAGGUGUAUCUGUUGUCUUAAAACGAGAAGAUAUGGUAUCAAAAUCUCCUGUCAGAGAUGGUAAUCGUAAU